AUGAAGGAUAACUAUGUGGUAAUUGUGCUUUCCUCUGGUAUUCAAUGCACCAGAGCUGUUUCUUGUCACGGAUGGGUGUACUGCAAAUGCGGAAAGCGGUCUAAAAGACAAACAGAAAUUCGUAGAAGCCGAAAAGGCCAGGGAUGCAGAAUGGUUCGGAACAGUGUGGAACUGAGGCCUUAUAAGUUCAUCGGGGAGCGCUCAUGUAUCGUAAGACAUUCCUGUAUCUUUCAUCACAAACACACUGCAACCAGCCGGCACAUGUUUCACCGCAUGGCCCGCUUGGACAGUGACGUGCAGGACGGUUUUGCUUAUCAUCAAACGAGUACACAGAUUCUUGCGAGACUUACAGGUGUUAGGCCGCAGAAACUCGCAACUCGUCCCUCAUCCUAUGGCCCCCUAUUUUUACAUGCACAAUCCGGGAUGGUUCACUUCGAUAACGUUACCAACAACCGCCUGCGAGUGCCAAUGGUUGCAUUGAAAACUGGGUGCACCCCUCCGACAAACUGGAGCACGCCGUACAAUAGGUUUCCCGGCACUUCGAGUGGUUCAUGGGGGGCUUAUGUGCACAUGUUGUAUCGCU